GCGGCGGCUUUGGCGGCUGCCUUGUCCGUGGUCGUCGCUNCGAGGAGCCGCUGAAGGUGCAGAUGUGGGAGCGCCAUUCCUCCGCUGGGAGGGGUAGGUCACAUUGCCGUCAAGCUGGAUAGACAUUCGCCGUGAGGAGAUUCAGUGUUUUCGUUUCGAAGGACACCACUUCGACGCCAACCAACCCCUGGCCGAGACACUAAGGACUUGCUUGAGGAAGCUCAGGCUGGCGGCGAAACCAACCAAGGGGGCUCCGCAGUAUGAUGUUAAGGCUGCAUGGGGACACGACGCUCGCGCGUGCCGCCCUGUGUCUGCUGCUGCUGGCUCGGGCUGCUGCAUGGCUGGGUCUUGUCGUCGCGUUUGUUGAUACCACUACAGCCGUUGGGUGUGCACAGCAGGGCCUUUGAAGGACAUCAUGUCGGGCAUCCGUGGAUCGCAGACCCGCGGUAAGUUGCCUCCGUUGUCUCGACAGGGCGAUGCAGCCCACUCGAGGUCACCGUUCGGGACUAGCAGCAGCAGCAGCGGCAGCAGCAGUAUCAGAAGGUCAUCCGGAGGUGGCAGAGGGACAGCAGCUGGUCGAGGGAAGCCUUCAACAAGCCGCUUGCAGGAAAUUAGUAUCCCGGAAGGAAUGGAUGAAGAGCAGGUAGGUGCUGCGGACGACAGCGACGGUCUGGACCGGAGGGCUAAGCAGCUCGUGCUCGACAGUGCCUUCGCCUCCAUGAUCAACGAUAGCGACCCCGAUAAGUUUGACCGCGCCAAGCUGGUGGAAAUCUUGACCGCUCCGUACAUCGAGGACUCCGGCGACGGUAUUGUAGCUUUGGACCCUCACGCCCUCAAGAAGCUCUUCACCACCACCAGUAACCUGUUGCAGGAGAUGGGGGUUGAGGGAGAGAGGAAGAGGCUGGCGAUGGCGGGGGAGACAGGGGCGAUCGAGGAGGACUACCGACAGGGAUUGACAUCCCACGCCACCAGGCUGAACAAGGUACAAGAUUCUUUGGAAGGGGUGGAGCACAGGUUUCGCGAGACGGCCCACAAGGCCGUUCGCAUCGGCGACCGGCUGUCGAAGAUGGAGGGGCAGCGGGCGAGGGCGGCGGAGGCUAUGGAUCUCCUAGAGUUCUUCAAGGUUUUCGAAGGCCUUCCGGAGGGAUUUUCCGAGGAUCAGGACACCGUGGUGCGGUACAUGAAGCUCUUGCCCCCCGUGUUCUGCGACGAAGACAGAAGACCAGAAGCCGCGACGGUGUUGGCGAAGCUAAAGAGCAUCACGCACGAGCUGGAGUCCAAGGAGCUCGACAAGGCGGCGAAAAACUUGCAGGCCUACAGCGACUUCUUGGAGCAAGAGCUGCUGGACCUGUUCGAGCGCGCCGCGGGAAGGUCUCCGCCUGAGGUGGCCUUGAUGAGGGAGUGCUCCGACAUACUGUUCGCGCUCAACGAGGGGGAUCAUCUGCAGAGCCGCUUCGUCUUCUUCGUCGUCACGCAGGCUGCGUGCAAGCAAUGGUAG